UUAAAGAAACUUCAGAUUUGGAGUGUUUGUUACUGAUUGAUAAACUCCUCAUUCUUAUUUUAACCGGUUUUCUAGUAGGAUAAGUCCGCACAAUUUUUUGUUAUGUCUGUAAACAUUAUUAAAAGAGGAUUAGCUACUUCAGCUGUUAAAAAUGCUAUUAAAAACGUUACAGUUAUUGGUGGUGGUCUUAUGGGCUCAGGUAUAGCACAGGUAGCAGCUCAAGCGGGUAACAAUGUUACGGUGCUGGAAGUGAACACAGACCUACUAAAGAAAUUGGAUAGCGGUAUUGCGAAAAAUAUAGAACGCGUGGCAAAAAAAAUCUACAAAGAGGAUGCAGAAAAAGCGAAAAAUUUCAUCGAACAAACCCGGUCUAGGGUAAAGGGCACCACAGAUUUCAAAACAGCCGUUCAAGAUUCCGAUUUAGUUGUCGAAGCUAUUGUAGAGAACAUGAAGGUGAAACACGAGCUAUUCAAGAACUUGGACAGUGCAGCACCACAGAAAACCAUAUUUACUUCCAACACCAGUUCACUUAGUAUCACAGAAAUAGCCUCGGUUACAAACCGAAAAGAUAGAUUUGGUGGUCUCCAUUUUUUCAAUCCAGUACCCAUGAUGAAACUGUUGGAAGUGGUAAGAACGGAGGACACUUCUGAUGAAACCUUCAAAGCAAUGUGGGAUUGGGGUAUUGCAAUUGGAAAGACCUGCAUAAACUGCAAAGACACUCCUGGUUUUGUCGUGAACAGACUAUUGGUUCCCUAUCUCAGCGAAGCUAUGAAAAUGUUGGAAAGAGGAGAUGCCUCCGCAAAAGACAUCGAUAUAGCAAUGAAAUUAGGAGCUGGAUAUCCAAUGGGACCUUUCGAGCUCUCAGAUUAUGUAGGUCUUGAUACAACCAAACACAUCUUGGAUGGCUGGCAUGAAAAAUACCCAGAUAAUCCAUCCUUUAAAACUCCUGAAUUAUUGAAAAAAUUGAUCGGAGAAGGGAAGUUUGGCAAGAAGUCAGGUGAAGGUUUCUACAAAUACAAUUGAUAUGCGUGCAUCAAUUAUUAAUAUAUAUUUAUAAAUAUAAUUAUACAAAUAAUAUUUUACAGUAAUUUUCAAAAUAAAAUAUACAUUGAA